AUGCAAACCAUCUGCACACUCUGCUCCUGCUGGUGGCCAGGGCUGCAGCAGCCUUGCAAGGUCCUAGAAGGAGACCAGGCCAUCCUACAGAGAAUCAAGAAGGCAGUGCGGGCAAUCCACAGCUCUGGCCUCGGCCAUGUGGACAAUGAGGAGCAGUACCGAGAGGCUGUGGAGUCCUUGGGCAACAGUCACCUGUCCCAGAACAGCCACGAGCUGUCCACGGGCUUCCUGAACUUGGCUGUGUUCACUCGUGAGGUCGCCGCGCUCUUCAAGAACUUGGUUCAGAACCUGAACAACAUUGUCUCUUUCCCGCUGGACAGUCUGAUGAAGGGGCAGCUGAGGGACGGGCGACAGGACUCCAGAAAGCAGCUAGAGAAAGCGUGGAAGGACUACGAAGCCAAAGUGGCCAGGCUGGAGAAGGAGCGGGAACGGGCCAGGGUGACAGGAGGACUCCCUGGGGAGGCGGCCCAGGACACACAGCGGGAGCGACGCAUCUUCCAGCUGCACAUGUGUGAGUACCUGCUCAAAGCUGGGGAGAGUCAGAUGAAGCAAGGUCCCGACUUCCUCCAGAGCCUCAUCAAGUUCUUCCAUGCACAGCACAACUUUUUCCAAGAUGGCUGGAAGGCAGCUCAGAGCCUGUCUCCUUUCAUCGAGAAGCUGGCAGCCUCAGUCCACACACUGCGUCAAGCCCAGGAAGAGGAGCUACAGAAGCUGACCCAGCUCCGGGACUCCCUGCGAGGGUCGCUGCAGCUCGAAAGCAGAGAGGAGCACCUGAGGCGGAAGAACUCUGGGGGUGGCUACAGCAUCCACCAGCACCAAGGCAACAAGCAGUUUGGGACAGAGAAAGUGGGCUUUCUGUACAAGAAAAGUGAUGGGAUUCGAAGAGUCUGGCAGAAAAGGAAGUGUGGGGUCAAGUAUGGCUGCCUGACCAUCUCACACAGCACGAUAAAUCGGCCCCCAGUGAAGCUGACCCUGUUUACAUGCCAAGUGAGGCCAAACCCAGAGGAGAAGAAAUGCUUCGACCUGGUGACCCACAACAGGACAUACCACUUCCAGGCAGAGGACGAGCACGAGUGUGAGGCGCUGGAGGGGAAGGGCCGCGCCUGCGCGCUGCAGCUGUGCUCCUCUGCAGACCCCACAUGGCUCAGCACCAACCUGGGCGUGCUCACCUGCAUCCAGUGCUCCGGGGUCCACCGCGAGCUGGGCGUGCGCUUCUCGCGCAUUCAGUCCCUCACCUUGGACCUGCUGGGCCCCUCCGAGUUGUUGCUGGCCUUGAACAUCGGAAACACGCGCUUCAAUGAAGUCAUGGAGGCCCAGCUGCCCUCUCAUGGUGGUACUAAGCCCUCUGCUGAGAGUGACAUGAGCACCCGCAGGGACUACAUCGUGGCCAAGUAUGUAGAACACAGGUUUGCCCGCCGAUCUGCAUGUGAGGCUCAGAAACUCCAAGCAGCCAUUUACAACAGGGACCUCCUGUCAGUACUGGAGGCCUUUGCUAGUGGGCAGGACUUUGGACAACCACUGCCAGGGCUGGAUGGGCAGGCACCUGGAGAGCUGGCCCUGCAUUUGGCCGUCAGAGUUGCCAACCAGGCGUCCCUGCCCCUGGUAGACUUCAUCAUCCAGAAUGGUGGCCACCUGGACGCCAAGGCUGCAGAUGGGAACACCGCCCUGCACUGUGCUGCACUCCAUGGCCAGUCCGACUGCCUCAAGCUGCUGCUGAAAGGGAGAGCCUCAGUGGGCACAGUGAACGAGGCAGGAGAGACAGCUCUGGACAUUGUCAGGAAGAAGCAGCACAAGGAGUGUGAGGAGCUGCUGGAGCAGGCGCAGGCAGGGACCCUCACCUUCCCGCUGCACUUGGACUACGCCUGGGGAAUCUCUGUGGAGCCUGGCACUGACAGUGAGGAGGACGAGGAAGAGAAGCACUGCUCUCUGAAGCCCCCAGCCCAAGCUCGUUGGGCCAGCAGGAGGCUGGACAUCAGCAACAAGACCUAUGAGACCAUUGGCAGCCUGGGACCAGCCACCCUACAGAGCCAGAGUGAGGACUGCCCCCCGCCCUUGCCAGUCAAAGCCUCUUCUCGGACCGUGGUACAAGGGCGUGUGGACUAUGCCACUGGAGAUCGUUCUGAAGUCUCCAGCCUGAGUUCUGAGCCCCCUGAGGCUUCUGAGGGCCUGGGCAGCCCAGCUUCCUCCUCCUCCAGCCUCACAAGCCCUGUGGAAUCCGGGGGGCCUAGCCAAACCCUUCCCAGCUCUGAGGAAGGCCUCCAGGAGCCCCCAGGCACCUCCCGAGCCACUGUGACAUCUGGCACCACCCCUGCUGAGGUGCACCUCCCCGUCCGGUUCAGCUCGGAGAGCACUCGCUCCUAUCGCCGGGGGGCUCGGAGCCUGGAAGAUGGUCCUUCAGCUCGACAGCCCCUGCCCAGAAGGAACACACCGGUUGGCUUUACUGAAGGAGAUGGCUCAAAAACUGGUGUUCUUCCAGCAAAUUCUCUGUAACUUUUGCAAGACUAGCUCCUUGCUGACCCCUGCAUGGCCACGCUGGACCCCAACAUACAGAGCUGGGACCUGAGCCCACAGAAGUGGAAGCUAAAGCAUCUGUACCCUUGGGUCUUGCUCUGUUAGUCAUGGUCUUCUUCCUGCUGUGGACCAUGCCACUCCAAGGACACUGGGCCUCCAUACUGGGGUAGACGGUGGUUCUUCUCUUCUGUCUUAUCCUCUCCCUUACCUCAGCCAGACAGCCUUGUAUCUGGAUCUGAGCCCGAGCUGGCUUCAGCGACAGAGCCCUCAGUCUCUCAUCAGACCAGGACAAGUUCUCCCUUCAGUCUGGGGCUGCACUAGGACACGCCCUCCUACAUCAUCCUGUUCCAGACCAGGGACUGCCUUCUCGGCCUCUUAGUCUAGCAGUCCUUUACUGAAUUCCAGCACUGUCCAGGCCUGCACUAGGCACUGUGGAUGCCCUGUACGUAAGGCACGGGUCCUGGAGCUAUGGUCCCUGGCUGGGAAGCUGGUUUCAAGGCCUGGCAUAAGGACAUGCAGGACUGUAGUUUGGAGAAUGGUUCUGGGCUUGGGCAGAACCCACAAUCAGCUGGUUUCCUGUCUGACCAUUAAUUGUCUGCAGCCCACUUUGUUCCAGUUGGCCAAUGCCUGCGCUGUACUGGCUAUUAAAGAGAUAUUCGAAAGGCCUGUCAUUUGCAGGGUAACACAGCCUUCAGUGGGAUCUAGACUAUUUUCCCCAGCCUGGAAGUACAGUAUGACUCACCCACAUUCCCCUGUCUCCUUGAUGUAGCAGAUAAAACAGAAAUGAUCUGG